UAUGAACGGCAAGUGUGAGUGUAUUGUAUUGAAAGUAAUCGACAAAACAAUACAUAAAAAAGCAUUUAAUUAAUACUCAUAACAAAAGUCAUCACUUGUGCGGACACAACAACAACAACAACAACACACGUGCGGACACACAGUACACGUGUUGACAGUCGAACCCGCAAAAUGUCGGACAAAGCGAUUAAAGAGACCGUCAAACGGGCGGCAAGUCUUCCGCAAUAUCUGGAAGUGUUUGACCCGAAUUUUACCGACGACUACGCGGAUGUCAAACAGCGGAUACCAUUGAUUUCGGUUCAGUCGACCAUCGAUGACGUGACCAACAGUAAGAUGACGUCAACGGAACUCCGAUUGCGGCGUUGGUUCAAAUGUACCCGUUUUGAGGACAAGUGUUUUGCCACCCGAAACGGGUCGCAACAGUUUAUCCAACAUUUGGUCGACAAACACAACGACCACAAGCUUUUCUGUCUAUACUGUAGUCCUAUUUCGGGAUCCGACUCCAAGAACUACUUCCUGCACGAAGAUCUGGUAGAGCACAUCCGAUCGGAGCACUGUUACCGUCUAUUUCAGUGCAAUUUAUGUCUUUACCGAUCGAUAACUGCGGACCAUAUUGUCAUUCAUCAGCAAUCAGUUCAUUCACGCAAUUUUGAGGAAACCAUUGCUACUAAUAUUAACAAUGAAGAGCAGCCACAGCUUAAUGGAGAUGAACACAAGGUUAGCGUUAAUGGCGACGACAAGAGUGUCAUCAAAGAAUGCAAAAUACUUGAAUGCACUCAAUUGGCCGAAACAGAGGUUCCCGAUGUUGACUACUUCUAUCAUAAGUAUCGGUAUAAGAGAUUGAAUAGCGAACUGAACGCCCAUCAAUGCCUAUACUGUCCAUAUAUGGAUACCAACAAAGAGGAACUGUACGCACAUAGUGUGGCCGCACAUCCCGAUUAUCCCAUAAUGGUUUACAUCGGUAUCAAUACUCGCCGAUCAGUUAACGGGGAGAAAGAGGACCACGAGUUGAGCGAAGCUAAGGUUAAAAUAAAAGCUACAAAAAAGCGAUCGUUUGAUGAAUCUUUCAGCGAUUCGGAUAUUACCACCAAUGGUGUAGUCGAUACCUAUGAGUUCGACAUUUGGACCGAAAGUGAUGAAGAAGACAUGUUAUUGUCAGAAGACGAUCUGUCAUCUGUUAAUAAUAUACAGUCGACACCGGCAUCAGAACCGGCGCCAAAGCGACAAAAGAUUGAUCCCGACUCGACUCACAAUAAAUCGGGAGUCAAUGACCGUACACUUACAAGACGUGUAACCAAUCGUGUACUCCGGCAGUCAUAUUAUUUAGCUGCCGGUGUGUCCGCUAUGAUGGCUCUCUACUACUCAGUUGUGUUGAUGUCCGGACGUUAAGUAAUUGUAAAGUUUUAGAGUUCAAAGAUUUGUUUAGUUUAAUAUUAUUUGAGUUUUAUUGUCAUCCAUUAUAUUAUCAUUAGGUUUAGGGUUUAGCUGUGAAGCACACUAUACAUGACCACAAUAAGUGUUUAUUUUUUGAAAGCAAUUUAACAAUUAUUGUUUUCAAUAUUAUUAUUAUUUUACACAAUAUUUUUACUCGAAAUCUCAAAUCAAUACUCAAACAUACAAUUUAUAACUAGUCUAUCAUUUAUUGGACGACAAAUCAUGAU